UGGCUCAUGCCUGUAAUCCCAGAACUGUGGAAGGCCAAGGUGGGGGACUACUUGAGCCUAGGAGUUUGAGACCAGCCUGGACAACAUAAUGAGGCCCUCCGCCCCCCGACCCCACCCCUCCGAACCUGUCUUCUACCAAAUUAGCUGGGCAUGGUGGCAUGCGCCUGAAGUCUCAGUUACUCAGGGGGCUAAGGUAGAAGGAUCACUUGAGUCCGGGAGUUUGAGGCUACCAUGAGCCAUGAUUGUGUCACUGCACUCCAGCCUGAGCAAACAGAGACCCUGUCUCAAACAACAACAAAAAAGAAAGAAAGAAAAACUAAAGAGCAAAAGUAAAGUGUAGUUCUGAAACCCUCAGGAUGGUGUGCGGGGUGCAACCCAGGGCUGCGUAAGUAUGGAGAAAGCAGCAACCACAACCGAGGGCCACUUCCUGCCCCGGAUAACCUCUGCUUGUGGGAGUGAUCUGGGCUGUGACCUCCCCUUCCAGGUUCCCACCCUUGUUUCCCCAAAGCAGUGCCAGGAGCCCACGCUCCUCUGGGCCUCUGACUCUCCUUUGCUUGAACCUUCAGCCCAGCAUGAAGCACCUUGGUUGUGCUUUGCUCAUGCUGGUGGGGUUGGUGCAUGGUGCUGCUGCAGCUCGAGGGCCAGAGCAGGACGUCUGUCUGUCCCUUUCUGCUUCUGUGGAGAUGACUACUCCCAGACCCUACCGUGACACUUUAGCUGGGCCUGACCUCCCUCUCAGUUUUGAGAUCCUGAUGCCCCUGCAGUGAAGGUGGACUGUUUACUCUCUUUAGAGUACACAGUACACGUCUGAGGAUUUGGGAUUCAACCUGUGGUUCUCUGGGUCUUUGGCCUGGAUGCCCACCAGCCAGCCACUGUCCUUCAUGCCAGCUAUAUCAGAACUGGGGACAGUCAGACUGGUUUUCUCCAGUGAAAGCUUUCUUGAUACCUUUUAGUGUCAAGAAAGUGCCUUGAGGAAUCCUUCCUAGAGACCUUCCCAAGGGGGCACAGACCACCCAUGUCUGGGAGGACAAAGCUUCCUGGAGAGGAGAGGUUGGACAUACUCCAUGACACACACUCGGAGAAAGUCCCUUCCCAUGCUGAGUUCGGGCCCCACUGGCCGCCGAGAGCCCCUGCAGAUGGAAGAUAGCAACAUGGAGCAGGGGGCUGAGGGUGGGGAGCCAGGCAUGCCGGAGAGCCCAGAGCACCUCACAGGGCGCCGCAAGAACUACCCACUUCGGAAGCGCCCCUUGGUUCCUGAGAAGCCCAAGGCCUGCAAAGUGCUGCUGACUCGCCUGGAGAAUGUGUCUGGUCCCCGGAGUGCAGAUGAGGCUGAUGAGCUGCCUCCUGACCUGCCCAAGCCACCCAGCCCGGCCCCAUCCAGCGAGGACCCUCGUCUUGCCCAGCCCCGCAAGCGGCGCCUGGCCUCCCUCAAUGCUGAAGCCCUCAAUAACCUGCUGCUGGAGCGAGAGGACUCCAGCAGCCUGGCAGGCACCCGCCGCAGUCGAGUGGGGGAUCCCCACCGCAGCCGUGGCCGUGAUCGUGCGACUGGGGGCUGGUCCUCCAAGAAGCGGCCCCGGCUGGGGGAACUUGGAGGAGGAAGUCGGGACCUGUCCCCAGAGCCAGCACCAGAUGAAGGUGCCCGCCGAGAUGGAGACCCAGCUCCCAAAAGACUGGCUAGCUUGAACGCAGCUGCCUUCCUAAAGCUGAGCCAGGAGCGGGAGCUACCCCUGCGACUGCCUCGUGCCCAUGCAGAAGCAGAUGGGCGCUCCGCUGAGCCUCCAGCACCCAAGGCCCUGAGGCCAAAGUGGCCCAAGAUUAAUGGCAAGAACUAUCCCAAGACUUGGCAGGGGGCUGGCUCUGGGGAGGUUGCAGGCCCACCCGGCUGGCAAGGCUGCCCUGAUGAGCCAUGGCCUUCUGCCACUCCUCUUGGGUCAUCCGUCCAGCCAUCUCAGCCCCUGAGCAAGGCUCUGGAGAGUCCUUUGGGGCUGCGUCCUCACCUGCCCCUGCUGAUGGGCGGACAGGCGGCUCUGAAGCCAGAGCCUGGGCGCCCAGGCGAGGAGUCACCUGCCCCUAAGCAGGAACUGCAUCAGCCCUCUUUCCCCACACCUCAGCUGUCCCCGCUGCCCAUGCCUGGCAACCCCGCCGACUACAGUGGCCUGUGUGUUGGGCCUGAGCUCACUGCACUGGGCAGCUUCUACCUGUACUGUGGCCAAGAGGGGCUGCAGUGUGGGGGCUACUCACCCUGCCCCAUGCUCCCUGAGGGCAAGCUGUCCCCAGUGGCUGCAUCUCAUGAGGGGCUCCUCUUAGCCCCGAGCUCAGUGCCCUCAGGCACCCCUUUCCAGCACCCUUCCUGGGGCUCCUCUCGCUAUUGCUCUAGCGAGGACACUGGAGUGAAUGGCUACAGCAUCUGCGGAUUGUUGCCCCUGUCUGUCACCCGUGCUGGCACUACCUGUGGCGGCUGCCCAUACAAAAUGCCUUUUGCAGCAGAAGGCUGCAGAUCCCUGGGCCAGCUGGAAUUUCCUCUCCCGGAAGCUGGCCACCCAGCCUCACCCGCCCACCCCCUCCUGGGAUGCCCUGUACCCAGUGUGCCACCUGCAGCAGAGCCCGUCCCCCAUCUUCAGACACCCACCUCGGAGCCUCAGACAGUAGCCCGUGCGUGCCCUCAGAGCGCCAAACCUCCCAGCGGUUCUAAGUCAGGUCUGCGCACGGGCUCUGGCUGCAGGCACACUGCAAGGAGCAAGGCUGCCCGCAGGCCCAGCCACCCCAAGCAGCCACGUGUCCAGCGCCCACGCCCUCGCCGCCGCCGUCGCCGCCGCACUAAUGGCUGGGUACCUGUCGGGGCUGCCUGUGAGAAGGCUGUGUAUGUCUUGGAUGAGCCGGAACCAGCCAUCCGAAAGAGCUACCAGGCGGUAGAGCGGCACGGGGAGACAAUCCGAGUCCGGGACACUGUCCUCCUCAAGUCAGGCCCACGAAAGACCUCCACGCCUUAUGUGGCCAAGAUCUCUGCCCUCUGGGAGAACCCAGAGUCAGGAGAGCUGAUGAUGAGCCUCCUGUGGUAUUACAGACCUGAGCACUUACAGGGAGGCCGCAGUCCCAGCAUGCAUGAGCCCUUGCAGAAUGAAGUCUUUGCAUCGCGGCAUCAGGACCAGAACAGUGUGGCCUGCAUUGAAGAGAAGUGUUAUGUGCUGACUUUUGCCGAGUACUGCAGGUUCUGUGCCAUGGCCAAGCGCCGAGGCGAAGGCCUCCCCAGCCGAAAGACAGCACUGGUGCCCCCCUCUGCAGACUACUCCACCCCACCCCACCGCACAGUGCCAGAGGACACGGACCCUGAGCUGGUGUUCCUUUGCCGCCAUGUCUAUGAUUUCCGCCAUGGCCGCAUCCUUAAGAAUCCCCAGUAGCCUCCUUGUGCCCACGCUGGGGCUACCCAUGGGCAAGUGGGGCUCAGGGUAGGGGGCACUGCUUGAAGCACAGCACUUGGUUAGGGGGCCAUAGAGGCCUAAGUUUGCUGGCCUGUGGUUUUCUUGGGUGGGGGGAGGGCAGGGGCCCCUGUGGGUUCUGGGCCCCAUGGGAGGGAAUUGGGGAGGCCAGGGUAUAAGAAGAGCAUCAGAGCUCUCAGCUUGCCCCAAGCUUCUGUGGUUCCCCUGGGUGGUGAUUUCCGAAGAAGUAGUCUUCUCUGAGGCUGGGCCAAGCCUGAGGGACAUGGGGCCCUAGGAGGGUGGGCAUGGGAAGGAAGGGCAAGGUCCUCCAGGGAACCAGACCCUACAGGCCCUUCUGUAGCCUCUCCCGGGCCCUCAAAGGGGGAGUGGGAGCCAGCUUUACCUCACCCACUGUGACCCACCACUUCCCCUUCAGCCUGGGACCAGGCUUUUCUAGAACUCAGCACAGCUCUGAGCUUGUUCCUUUGAGGCAGAGAGAGCCAGAGUCUGGCUUCUAGAGCAUUGACUUCCUCUUCCUAGACUUGAGGCCUUUCUCUGGCUUUCCUCCUUUGCCCUGCAGUAGCCACUGGUGCUGGGACAAGUUGACCCACCCCUCACAGUCAUGGGUGUGGCCCACUUGUGGGAGUCUCCUAUCCAGCUCCCAGAGAGGGUCGUCACCUAGCAGGUCUGGCUUCCCAGAAAGUUAACUGAUCAAUGUGGGGUUUAUCAUGUCUGGGAGGGAAGAUGGGUGCUGGGAGAGGGUUGGGGGCAGGGGGCAAGGAAAAUUGCUACCUGAUUUGUUGAAGAUUUUUCCUCUUGCCUUACACUUGGAGGUUCCAGGAAACCUCUUGCAGAACUUCACACAUGACUCUUUAAGCCACACCUACCUGAAAUCAAACCAAAGGAGUGCUGUGGCUCCCCUUGCCCUGCCACCCUUACCCUAGUCUUUUGUAGAUUGCACUAAUUUACAUCCCAGCGAGAAUCAACACUGUAUCAGUCCACAGACCUGCUGAGCUGCAGCCACUUGCUCUAGGAGCUACGGACCUGCAUUUUCAGUUUGUUCCUGUUGCCCAGAGACCCUGUUCUCACCUCAUGCUGCUCCCCAGAGUAGACUUAAGAGACUCAGUCCCCUGUUGUCCUUGCGGAGACUAGGCCUUGGCCUUGACCCUGCUGAGACUCUGUGAGGGGGCUGGAGCAACCUGGUUAUCUCCAGGCCUAUUUGUACCAAAGAGGAGCAUGGUGGGAGAGGGAGUGGAGUGCAGUGUGGCUUGGGCCUGGCACUGGGAACCUGCUAGCUGAGCACUUCCGCAAGGGCAUACUCCCAGGGGCAGGGGCCGAGAACUGCAGCACUGGGUCUUCCCUUAGGGAGGAGGGGCAGACAAACUCAGCAGGCUGAGGAGGCGGCACUGGGUGAGGACAGUUGGUCAGGGGCUGCAGAGGGAGGUGGAAGUGAAUCCUGAGGGCUCCCCCGACAUACCCUGUCCUGUCCUUUAGUAGAUGAGUUGCUCCUGUUGGUCAUUGGGUUUGGGUGAGGACUGGAGGCUUCAGAGGUGAAUUUAUGCUUGGGAAGCCUAAUCCCAAACCUGAAGGGAAGAGAUUUGGGUCUCCUUGUAUUGAAUAAGCUGUUUGGAGGAAGGUGUCAGUCUGGGAGGAUGGGGCAGUAAGAGAGGUUGGCAGAGUGGCAGUGGGGGCUGUGCAGAACCAGCCUUGGAGCCUGCUCAUUCUAGGCCCUUGCUGCCAAGGAGCCCAGUAUCACCUAGCAGGAAAGGAGAUCAAGGCCCUCCUCCGGGGAGGUAGGGUCUGCUGCCCAGAACCUAAAUGCUUUUGAAAUCUCUUAGAUGUGGAAAUAUUUUUUCGAACCUGAAAAUGCAGCUGGUAGAAUUUCAAUGGAAGCAUAAUCCAUGUAAAAUAUAUUUUAGUUGAUAUUUUGUAAAAUGCACUUUUUGUGUGUGUCGAUCCUGGUUUCCCAGAUCUGUAUUUCAGUGUUUACAAGGGAGGAAGGACCUUUCCUCACUUCCCUUUUGACAGAGAUUAGAAGUACUUCUUUAAGAAAAAAAUAAAUUUGAGAAAUUGUAUUGAUUUAGAAAAGGA